AUCGCCCAGGCCGCUUUUACACAUUCAACUCUUAAUUUCAACUCAUUGUCAUGGUGCAUAGCAUUCCAGAUCCCGCUUCAGGACAAACCCUUGAAGAGCUUCACAGAGUAGUCGUGGCACUGCCGCGUAUGCCCAAAAAUAUCGUCGACGAUACUCGUCACGAAAAAGUGCUGUCCUAUAUAUCUGCCUUUAUUGCACAGGAAGAUCCUGUGUUGAUCCAUACAAUGUUGGUUGAUUGGGCUAUCCUUGAUAUCUUUCAGGCUUGCCUUACUUCUGAUCAGGAUUAUCGUGUCAGCUGUGUAGCACUACGUCUCUUAGGUUACUUACUGAAGCAUGACCCUACACCAGCAACGACCAUUAGUAGCAGUGGUAGCAGUAAUGAUAACAAUAUACCUAACGUAUGGCAACAACUUGAAACUCAUUAUCCGAUUAUUCUGAAAUUCAUGAUUGACAACACUAUGGGAGAGGAAGCUUUAACACGUUACUCAUGUUGGUUCGCGUGGGAACACGCAGUCAAAUAUGAUGGCGGCGCACGAUGGCUAUUGGAGACAGGGAAAUCCGCUGGCAUGGUCACUGCUGCGCUCAAAGAUACCAGCACUUAUGUACUGAGCGCAGCGUGUCGGUUUUUGGUAGCCAUUAUUGAGAACCGUAGCAUUGACAUAGAACGGAUCACAGCUCAUGAUACGCUAUUGGACACACUGCUGGAGUCAAUAUCUUUAUACAAAUUAAUUCAUACCAUGAUGACAGACCAGGAUCUGGAGAGUAAUAGAGUCGCAGGCUUGGAGUUCCUGUGGAUGGUAACAGAUGCUAGAUCAGAUCAUGGAUCGGCAUUUCUACGUCAAAGUCAACUGCUUUUCUCAUACAUGGACUUACUUAUGGAUGAUUCACGAUUAGUCAGAAGUAGAGCCUUGGAUAUUCUUUCCAUUUUAUUGGAAUCAACAGCUAAUCCUUUGAGCAUCCUCGGGAAGGACAUAGCACCGACGCAAGGGAUGGAGCUGGACAAAUCAGAUGACCAAGCUAUGGUCGAAUGCUUUAAUUAUUUGUUGGAUCAUGAUGUAUAUUCAUUGAUCAUCCUCACGGACUCACUCAAGGCACUUCAUGUGGCAACGGGUAUUUUGGAUGCAAUGAUCAAACCUUUACGUCAAAGUGAGGAAAUGCAUGGCAUCGGAACCGAUUUUAAGGAUACUAUAGUAUCAGUCAUCCUUUGGAUUUUGCAGGCAUUGCAGGAGAACACAAAGGGAGGUCCAAUGGCUGCUGUUAGUCAUAUCCAAGCUAAUACUAUCAUAGUACAGGGCAAAGGCAAGCUUGCACAUCAACUUAACCAACCUGGCUUUCAAUCUUUGGUCAAAUCGCAGAGUCAAGCAAAGCCAAUGAAAGGCGCUUCAGCGGCAGCAGCUAGAGGUGGCACGCUAUCCAAGACGAUAGUCUUAUCAGCUCUCAAGGCUCUCCAAAGUUUGGCCUUAUUAUUCCCGGAAACGGUAGAAAAGAGUGCCGCUAUCCAUAUGAUACUAUUGAUUUUACUUGAUCAAAAGCUAUGCUCAGAUCAGAGGGUUUUCAAGGCAUGCUUGACAGCACUCCCUAUUGUUCUAAAGACAAAGAUUCAGGAUGGACAGUUACUAGAUGAGCAGUUGUUUGCGAAUGCAAUGAUGGUUAUCCUCGGACUUUUACAACGCCAGAGUGUUGGAAGUACAUCUGUCAAGUUGAUUCUCACAGCCAUCCUUGAGUUUUUUGCAGACAAUACUAUCGGAUCAAUACUGUCAAAUGAGAAAGUAGGGCUGGAUCUGGCAAAUGCUCUAGGGCUCAAGCUAUAUGACAUGGAGUGGGAUGUACGCGAUAAUGUAAUUGAGUUUAUUGGUACACUUUUCAGAAAUAAACAAAUCAUGGUGUGGAUUGGGCACUAAAGCAUGAUCUUCUCGAGGUUGUCUUCCAGAAACUUUCGGAUGAGGAGGCGUAUGUUCGAGCUACUAGUAUUUAUACCUUUGAAUCAAUUAUGCGUCAUCCUCAAGGAUGGAAGAGGAUGUGCGGCAAAAAUCUGGAUGAGCGACUCAGCAGUCAGU